UCGGUAUUUUGACUUGUCGGUCUGGUUCAUUCAGUCUGGGAAAUUUCGGGUCCCAUUUUGCUACCGUACUCCCAAGAAUGGGUAUUUUGGACCUACUAAGACAACGGCGGACAAUGGAACGCGCCAAAACUUGGCGUCAAGCAACAAUUGCUUCGAAUAUUUUACUUAUUAUUACCGGAUUUAUUGUUUGCAUUUCCGUGUUGGCUAUGUACAUUAAUCCACGAUGGCUCUCACUCAUUCAGUCCAUUAACCAGUUGGUGGACAUGCACGUGAAACUCGGUGCGCUCAUUCUGUUUGGCCUAUUAUACACCCUGGCCGGAUUGGCGGCACUGCGGUCGUUAAAAGUUCGAUCAACGUUUUUGCUUGGCCUGCAGAUCUUUGCGGUGCUCAUAUUAACAGUCGUCGUUUUGGCAACUCUUUAUGCAGUUGCGUCUCAGUGGAUAGCCACAAUGCCCACUGGAGUUUCAUUUUCUGUCCAGGGAUUCAAACCUGGCGAUCCGAAAAAUAUGGCCAUGGCAAACAUACAAAGUGUGCUGAAGUGCUGUGGACGAGAAUCGUACCGUGAUUAUUACAUUGCCAACGAGGCUAUUCCAAUCAGAUGGGUACCGUUUUCUUGCUGUAAUCUAAACGAACACUCCUACGCCACAUGUAAAAACGUGUCCAAACCAGUCCAUCGCGGGAAACUUGGUCGAUGGUUUGAUCCAGUUCCACCCAGUCCAGACGCGACCGUCGUGCCUGAAUCGUUCUCCUAUACAAACGGAUGUGAAUGGUUGAUUCAACAUUGUCUUCUCCCUUUAUUAUUCUUGGGUUUUAUAGUUCCCAGCCUGUGUGCUCUGAUUUCCUGCACGUUUGCCAGUGUUUAUUUGCAUUUUGCCGAGAAAGAAGAUCCGGACUUUGACCGCCCACUUGACCUAAGCAUGUUCACUUUCAUUUCUGGUGUAAAGAAUGAGCGAAAAAGCAGAUGAAUACAGUUUGUUUGACUAAUUUAUCCCAGAACGGAAAGCAUACUAAAGCAGUCUUUUACUUGCAUGCCCAUACUGAUGGUGUAAAAACAAACUUU